GGAAAUGUUCUGCUGCUGCUCUAGAUGUCCUGGCUAAUGUAUUUCAUGAUGAACUUCUGCCACACAUCUUGCCCCUUUUGAAGGAAUUGCUCUUCCAUUCCAAAUGGGUAGUUAAAGAAUCUGGUAUCCUUGUUCUUGGGGCAAUUGCUGAAGGCUGCAUGCAGGGUAUGAUCCCAUAUCUUCCUGAGUUGAUCCCUCACCUUAUUCAGUGCCUCUCUAACAAAAAGGCUCUUGUGCGCUCCAUUACAUGCUGGACUCUUAGUCGCUAUGCACACGGGGUAGUUAGUCAACCCCCAGACACCUACUUGAAGCCGUUAAUGACUGAGUUGCUAAAGCGUAUUUUGGAUAGUAACAAGAGAGUACAAGAAGCUGCCUGCAGUGCCUUUGCUACUCUAGAAGAGGAGGCUUGUACAGAGCUUGUUCCUUACCUUGCGUAUAUACUUGACACUUUGGUCUUCGCAUUUAGUAAAUACCAGCAUAAAAACCUGCUCAUUCUUUAUGAUGCUAUAGGAACUCUAGCAGAUUCUGUAGGACAUCAUCUAAAUAAACCAGAAUAUAUUCAGAUGCUAAUGCCUCCAUUAAUCCAGAAGUGGAACAUGUUGAAGGAUGAAGAUAAAGAUCUCUUCCCUUUAUUAGAGUGCCUGUCAUCAGUUGCUACUGCCUUGCAAUCUGGCUUUCUUCCAUACUGUGAACCUGUGUACCAGCGUUGUGUAAAUCUGGUGCAGAAGACUCUUGCACAAGCCAUGUUGCACAAUGCUCAGCCAGACCAAUAUGAGGCUCCAGAUAAAGAUUUCAUGAUUGUAGCUCUUGAUUUACUCAGUGGUUUAGCUGAAGGACUUGGAGGCAACAUUGAACAGCUAGUGGCUCGUAGCAAUAUCCUGACACUAAUGUACCAAUGCAUGCAGGAUAAAAUGCCUGAGGUACGGCAAAGUUCUUUUGCACUGUUAGGUGAUCUGACAAAGGUGUGUUUUCAGCACGUUAAUCCUUGCAUCGCUGAUUUCAUGCCCAUCUUGGGAACCAACCUAAACCCUGAAUUCAUUUCUGUAUGUAACAAUGCUACCUGGGCAAUUGGAGAAAUCUCCAUCCAGAUGGGUAUAGAGAUGCAGCCU